AUGGAUUCAUUGAAUAGCUUCGGCGCCUCGGCCGACCCCAAAUCAGCAGUCAUGAACCAAGUACGACAAGAAGCAGCCAUGAACAACGCUAGAUUACUGAUCGAGAAAAUAAACGACCACUGCUUCGAACGCUGCGUGCCCAAACCCGGCUCCUCCCUCUCAUCUGGCGAGACAACCUGUUUUACGCAGUGCAUGGAGAAGUACAUGGCGGCGUGGAAUACGGUAUCGAGACAGUAUAUCGGGCGGAUACAGCAGGAACAGGGGAAGGCGGCUGGGGGUGGGAGCGGAGGCAUGUUUUAG